AAUAGUGAAGAUUUUUGCUAGCUAAAAGUUGUGAAGAUGCUAACAUAAACCACCAUAAACAAUUGCGGUAGCGGUGCUAGCUUUUAGGUAACACAUUUGUAAUGACUAAACUAUCAUUUAAAUUUUUAAUUGGGGAAGAAUGGAAGAUAUUUGGCCGACUGAAGACGCUUUGAAAAACCUUUUUGUGGACUAUUUGUCAUCUCUUCUACCAUCCAGGCAACAAGGAGUACUAGAGCUCUGCAUCCUUACAUGGUGAAAUGUGAGACUGCUCUGACCUCAGACGAGAAAGAGCGGAAGAUGCAGAGUGAGAGAAACAACUCGUCUGACACAGAAAACCACGGCAGGCCAGAGAAAACAGACAACGCCUCUGCUGCUAGUCAGCAGAGAAGGAGAAUUCUUCUCCGCUGGCCAAAGAGGAUGUCGAUGAAGAUGGCUGCUGUCUCCACCAUCUCUCUGCUCCUGCUCUGCUGCUUCGCCAUCUCCCCCGCAGAUUCUCAGGAUCGUUGCGACUACAAUGCUACAAAAGGAAAGGACUUCACUGUGCCUCUGUCCUCAAAACUGGAAACGUCUCACCAACUACAAUGGAAACACAAUGAUAAUAUAAUCUUAAAUCAAAGACAAGGUGGCACUGUUGUCGUGGGGAAGAAGGAGGACAUUUCUACAGAUGGUUCCCUGAUACUGAAGAAUCUGAAGGAAAGCGACAAGGGGAUAUACACCCCACAAUUGUUUAAAGAAGAUGGAAUUCAAACAGGGAAUCUGAAAAGCAUACAUUUAUGUAUAUUUGACCAUGUCCCGAAGCCUGAAGUGACGAAGGAUUGUUCCUUACCCUCUGUCACAUUUACCUGCAAAGUUCCAGCUAUGGCCAAGGAUCUCAACUUUGCAUGGCUUCAGAACGGCAACGAAUUAAAGGAGAAAGCCAAGAAUCUGAAACGAAACGCCAAAGAGGUGGAAAAAGAUUCCUUCCAAUGCAAAGUUUCCAACCCUGCCAGCUCUGAGACCAGUGGCCCUGUUACACAGGAGCCGUGCUAUCAGGAAAAGUCCAUUUUCCCAGAAACAUUAUUCGGAAUUAAUAUCUGGAUUGUCAUUGGCGCCGGAGGAGGUCUUGUUGUGGUGCUGAUAAUCGUCGUUAUUGUUUGCUGCGUCCGCACAAAACGGAAAAAACGCAUGCAACUGAAGGACGAGGGGGAGCUUCGUUUGGCGUGGACCAAUGACCAACAGCAUCAACAUCAUCAACAUCAACAUAAUCAUCCUCCCGAUCCACAUCAUCACCGUUGCCAGCAGCAGCCAGCCGGCCACACCGGUCCUCGCCAACAUCGCUCCAAACAGCACCGCGAGCAGCAGCAGCAGCAGCAGCAUCUCCGACCUCUGGACCCGCCCAGCGCUCACCCUCAGCCCAGCCCCCGACGACCUGCACAGGCCCCGAGACCAGUUGAUAAAACUGAUGACGAGCAGCCUCCUCCUCUUCCUCAGCCCAGGAAGAAAGCUGCCAAAAUACCAAGAGUGUGACACCAUGUGAGUGUUGGAGUUCAAGAAACCUAAUCACUCCCUUUUCUUUUCUUUUCUUUUCACUUUCUCAGUAUUACAAUUAAAUUACUUUAUUAUAUGUGAUAACAAAUGGUAACUGUAACCUUGUUUAAUCUUGGUAGAGAGACUAUUAGGUAUAAAAGGCCAUUAUUGCAAAAAUAAUGAGACAUUACGGUCAUAAUCUCAAAAUAUUAUUUAGAGUCCUCUUUAAAAGGGUUAUUUUUGUACUUUUCUAGUUUUUUUUAACAUACAAGUCAUCUUCUUAAUACUUGAGUAAAUUACAUGUGUAUUGUGUCAGAUGACAUAAAAAUCAUCUUCUCAGAAG